AACGGACGAACGAAAUAAGAAUUGUGCAGCACUAGUACUUGGUCGCAAGACCCGCUCCCCCAAGAUAUUGGCAAGAUCGCGAAUGACGUGAUACAUAGUCCAAAGCCUAGCACAGUCAGCUUGUUUAUAAGCCGACCUAACGUCAGGGAUGGCAGCCUGUGUAACUUGCUUAAAUCCUUCAAGACGGCUUCAGUAUUUCGCAGGUUUAGACAUUCAGCGAUGAGCAAACGCGUUGUAGUCGUCGGCGGACAUGGACAGGUUUCCCUCCGUCUUGCUCACAUUAUCGGGCCUACAAACUCAGUAACGUCCAUCAUUCGCAAGCCCGAGCAAGAAGCCGACAUCAUUGCGGCGCACGCUAAGCCGCACAUCCUCUCCUUGGAAGAUGCCCCUGCGGCCGAGUUCACCAAGGUGUUCGAGGGCACCGACGUGGUGUAUUUCUCUGCAGGUGCGGGGGGCAAGGGCGGACCAGAGAGGACGAAGAAGGUCGACUACGAGGGCGCACUGAAGGUGUUCGACGCGAUCGAGGGCGUGCAGGGGAAGAAGCCCAGGUUGAUACUCGUUUCUGCGGUGGAUGUGAGGGACCCGGAGAAGAUACCGGAGUGGUACAAUGAAGAGGACUUGGUCGUGUCCAAGCGAGUGCGGGGAGCGAUAUCCACCUACAUGCACUGGAAAUACGAGGCCGACAAGCACCUCGUCCAGCGCACGGCCUUCUCAUGGACCAUUUUGCGUCCUGGCGGACUCACCAACGAACCCGGGACUGGCAAGGCCGAUAUCGGGCGGACACAUAUCACCCGCACGAUUUCUCGCGACGACGUUGCAAAGACACUUGCACUGUUACUGGACAGACCCGAUGCGGAGGGCCUAGCACUUGAUUUAGUCGGCGGAGACGCGCCUAUUGAGGAGAAGCUGGAUGUAGCCAUCAAGAGUAAAGUAACUGCGUGGAUAGGAUAAACGAAGCACGCUGAAUGAACGAAACCUAUACAAUGUUGCUGAAAAAGGCUCUGUAGUAUAGCUAAUGUCCAAUAUGCUAAUGUACAAUAUUCGAUUCCUC